GCCACCGCACGUGCCCACCCUGUACUGUUCUAUGUUCAAUGAUCUAUGUUCAAGUACAAUGUCAUUCUUCAAGAUAUCACGUCAUUCUUACAGCGGAAUUUGAUGACAGCACAAAGAGAGGCAUCACAGUUGUUCUUUGUUGGUCCUCUGCACCAUAUUCUUCUAGAAUUAAAUUCCAUCGGGACAGUCAAAGGCAAUCUGCUGUUCAGAGCUGAUACAUCCGUGAAUCCCACUCUGUUGAUUUCUAUAACGGUCACUGUAAGGGCAACGACAUAAAAUGUUCAACUUUUUGGACAUAUUUCGUACAAGGCGUCCCAGCCACGAAUUCUUCCUCAAGUCGGAAGACAGUGAUGACUUGCUGAGAGGCAAAGUUUAUAUCAAACAGAUUAAGGAUUACGGAAAGGUGUUGCUGAAAACUUAUCUGCCAUUGAGUAACAGGCUGCAGGCAGCGGCUUCAUUGGGUAUAAUAAGUUAUACAGGUGGGCCGGAGGCUGCCAACUGCGUACAGGCCUACAUCGAGCCUCUCCUGCGCUACCUGAACCAGACCAUUUACACGGAGAAGGACCAGAUCACUGUGCUCCAGAGCUUGGCGGGGAUCUGCUACAACAACGCCGCCAACCAGAGUACCGUGGUGGACCAGCAGCUCCUGACCACUCUGGUGUCCUUGAUCAGCAGUAGGAACAGCAAUGUCACGUCCAUCAAGGUCAAGUUCUGGGCCUGCUACCUGCUCCACGUCUUGUGCUGCAACAACAUUCCCAUAAUCCGGCGCCUGAAUAAGGCCAAGUAUCUGCACUCCAGUCUCAUACAUUUAUCCGAGCUCUCUUGGAUUGGUUGGCCAGACAAUUAUGCCCAAGUGUUGAUCUACAUUCUAGGGUUUGAGAAGCAAAACCGAGCUUUGUAGCGACAUUUCAAAAUGUCCAUUAAAGUCACUUAAUAGUUCAAUUUUCAGAUUCUUUUCAUGAAACACAAUGUUUUAACGUAAAUAAAAUCACCGUUUUGGUGUAAACAACUGUGUCUUCUUCCGGUGCAAGGCCAUCAACACGCAUUUAUUGGGACACAUCACAGCUUGGUUUGGGAACAGCUCCAUCCAGGAUCGCAGAGUUGUGGACACAGCCCAGACCAUCGCAGAAACCCAAACAGCCCUUCUGUUCAUUCCAUUUACACCUCACGCUGCCUCGGCAAGGCCAGCAGCAUAAUCAAGGACAACUCGCACCCUGGACACUCCCUCUUCUCCCCUCUCCCAAUGGGCAAAAGUUAUAGAAGUGUGAAAAUGCACACCUCCAGAUUCAGGGACAGUUUCUUCUCAACUGUUACCAGGCAACAGAAUCAUCCUACCACAAUUAAAGUAAAGUAGCCUUUAUUGUCAUUCAGACCUUUCGGUCUGAAUGAAAUUUUGUUGCCUUGCAGUCAUACAUAUAAUAAAAAUGACAAAAACACACAAUAAACACAAAUUUAACAUCCACCACAGUGAGUUCACCAGGCACCUCCUCACUGUGAUGGAAGGCAAAAAUCUUAAAGUCCUUGUCUCUUCCCUCCUUGUUCUCCCUCUGCUCCGAGUCGACCUGUGAGCUCCCAACACUGUCGUCCAUCGGGCCCGUGGCCGAUCCUCCGAGGUCAGGUCGCUGCUGCUGCCGGAACGCCACAGCUCCGAUGUUGCCGCUGGAACGCUGCCCCAACUCCGAGGCCGCCAGCUCCGCCAUUAGGCCUCAGCUCAGACGGAGACAGACACGGGAGAUACGACAAGAGAAGUCGCAUCCCCCGAAGGAAGAGACCAAAAACACGUUUCUCCCCCCCACACCCAUACACAACAUAAUAAAAUUAAAAUAAGACCAAAAAUUAACUAAAAUAGGACAAAAGAACAAACAAAAAAAGAAAAAACAAACGGACUGCAGGUGAGCCGCAGCUGCCAAGGCAGCGCCGCCAUCUUUAAAGAGCAGUGUACUAUCUACCUCAUUGGUCACCCUCAAACUAUCUUUGAUCGGACUUUACUGGGUUUAUAUUGCACUAAACAUUAUUCCCUUGUCAAUAGACAAUAGACAAUAGGUGCAGGAAUAGGCCAUUCGGCCCUUCGAGCCAGCGCCACCAUUCAGUUUGAUCAUGGCAGAUCAUCCACAAUCAGUAUCCCGUUCCUGCCUUUUCGCCAUAUCCCCUGACACCACUAUCAUUCAGAGCUCUCUCUUGAAAGCAUCCAGAGAAUUGACCGCCACUGCCUUCUGAGGCAGAGAUUUCCAUAGAUUCACAAAUCUGUGGGUGAAAAAACUUUUCCACAUCUCCGUUCUAAAUGGCCUACUCCUAAUUCUUAAACUGUGGCCCUUGGAUCUGGAUUCCCCCAACAUUCACCUAAAAAAUGAAUUCCAGAGAUACUGCCUGCCUCACUGAAUUACUCUAACAUUUUUUGGGUCCGCCAUUAGCUAGGAUACUAUCCCGAGUUUCCAGUGCUGCCAACAAUGGGUGAGAGUUGGGAGUGAGAGUUGGGAGUGAGAAAUUGCAAGAGACAAUAGACAAUAGGUGCAGGAGUAGGCUUUUUGGCCCUUCAAGCCAGCACUGCCAUUCAAUGUGAUCAUGGCUGAUCAUCCCCAAGUACCCCUUCCCAGCCUCCCCAUAUCCCCUGACUCCGCCAUCUUUAAGAGCCCUAUCUAGCUCUCUCUUUAAAGUAUCUCUUGAAAGGUCUCCAAGCAGGCAGAGAAUUCCACAGAAUCACAACUCUCUGCGAGAAAAAGUGUUUCCUCGACUCCGUCUUAAAUGGCUUACCCCCUAUCCUUAAACUGUGGCCCCUGGUUCUGGACUCCCCCAACAUCGAGAACAUGUUUCCUGCCUCUAGCGUGUCCAAAUCCUUAAUAAUCUUAUAUGUUUCAAUAAGAUACCCUCUCAUAAUUCUAAACUCCAGAGUGUACAAGCCCAGCCGCUCCAUUCUCUCAGUCUAUGACAGUCCCGCCAUCCCGGGAAUUAACCUUGUACACCUACGUUGCACUCCCUCAAUAUCAAGAAUGUCCUUCCUCAAAUUAGGGGACCAAACUGCACACAAUACUCCAGGUGUGGUCUCAUUAGGGCCCUGUACAACUGCAGAAGGACCUCCUAUACUCAACUCCUCUUGUUACAAAGGCCAACAUGCCAUUCGCUUUCUUCACUGCCUGUUGUACCUGCAUGCUUACUUUCAUAGACUGAUGAAUCCCCGUAUUGUCUUUUUAGUUAUCUUCUGUUGCUCUUUAAACAUUACCCAAUCCUCUUGCUUCCCGCUUAUCUUUGCUACGUUGUACUUCUUGCCUUUUAUUUUUAUACUGUUCCUGAUGU